AUGAUGAACCUAUUUGGAACGGACAUCCCAAGUUCCAACCUAAUUACUGUUGAGGACGGCUACCAGACCUACCCAGGAGGGCAGAACUACCCACUUGAAGUUGGCACCCUGGCGCUUGGUGCCCAGUACGUUAACCAGACAUUUGGCGAUGUCGGAGGAAAUUUAAUCACUGGCUGGCUGUGGAAUGGGUCACAGACAAUCCAAUCUAAUACAUACGGCAUGCACAUUGGUUUUUUCGCGCUAGGCAUUCCGGGUAGUCUGAUGCUCGGUGGCUACGAUCAAAGUCGGGUGCUGGGUGAUGUUUCUGUCCAGCCUCAUACAGGAAGCUCGGCGCCUAUUAAUCUACUAGACGUUAGCCUCGGUGUUGCGACCGGUGGUUCACCAUGGAAUUCCACUAGCAAAGAAAACUUACUUGCACAAGGAAACUCAUCUCUUUUGGGGGGUACCACCGUCAUAGCAGCCCCAGUUGAUCCUUACCUUUACCUACCUCAGAGCUCCUGCGAUGCCAUUGCUGCUGAGUUGCCAGUGACUCACAACUCCGAUUUAGGUCUUUAUGCCUGGAACACUGAUGACCCUCAGUACCAGAGGACAUACUCACAGAAGACGCUACCACGUUGGUUAGUUCACAUGACAGUUGGGAAGCGAGCUGGUCUGCGCAUUGGACCCCACUCGCAUCUAACAGCACAAACAGCAGAAACAGCGAAACCCCGACGACAACUAGUGCCACAGCCCCCAAGUCACCCGAAAGCUCUGACAGCGAAGGCUUUUCACGGGGCGCCAAAGUCGGGAUUAGUGCUGGCUGUGGCGCUGCUGGUUUCUUGUUUGUUGUCCUUCUUGUGCUUUGGCUCGUUCGUCGGCAGCGGCGGCAGAAAUCUGAUUCCGCUCAAGAUACCGCUGCUUGUGAUGCACUAG